CUGAUCUACUUGACACACGAGUCGUCGCUAAAGUGCGAGUAUAAAUACGAACAGCUGGAAGAUGUUGGCGACUGAAUAAACGUAUGCGUUGCAUAAACAAAAGAAAGCAAAUGGACAAGGGCAAAAAAAAAUAAAAAAAAAUAAAGAGGAAGAACUUCGGUAACCGAAUUCUUUCUUUUUCUUUCUUUCUUUCUUUCAUUAUGACUGAACCCACUACAACUCCACCUAAAAAAAGAAUCAUUCGCCGUAAAAAGAAACAACUCACACCCAAACAAAAGCUUGUAAAAGAGAGUGCAGAACAACGUAACAAGACAGAAAAACUUGUGUUUGUAUGGCAAGAAAAACUCUUUUCACACUCUAAAAUAUCAGCACAUACACUCCAACGCGCAGUCACUUAUUUACAACCAAAGACCUAUGAGGAGAUUGUAGAAGAGCGUGCUGUACAAGCAUGGUGUGGUUAUCCUUUAUGUGGAGAGUCACCUCAGACAGAAGCACUUCAAAAAUACAAGAUUUCUUUAUCUCAACGCAAAGUAUACGAUCAAUCUGAACUUGCAAACUAUUGUUCUGAAGGAUGCUAUCAAAAGUCCAAGUAUUACAUGAUGCAAUUAUCAGAAGAACCUGUAUGGUUUCGAGAUUUGCAUGUGAUUCCUAAAGCCCAUGUCAUUACAAAAGAGCAAGAUUUCAAAACGGCUAUUCAGCAAGAAAAGAAAAAAACAAAGCAAGUCAAAUCAAGUCAGGAGAUUCGACAGGACUAUGUACAGCAUUUAUUAGGCACAGUGCCAAAGGAUACACAAGGCACAUUACAGAUUGUUGAAAAGACAACAGUGGCACCACCUUCUACAGUACCUUUGGAUGCUGGUGUCUAUGACUCCAUUGAAGGUUAUCGUAUUGAAAUCAAAAAGAAUGAAAACAAACCCACUACUUUGGUCUUGAAAAAGAAGAACAAGUCAGAAGAAGUAAAAGACAAGACACAACCUCCAGAAGAUCCAGAAGAUCAUGAUGCUAUGUUUGAGACCAUGAUGAUGCUGAAAGACAUGGACAUGGAUAAACAGUCAACAAUAGAACCCAUUCAGGAUAAACAAGAACUAACAGAACCUAUUCAGGAUAAACAAGAGCCAACAAAGAAAGCGUCUGCUCAACAAACACCCACAAAAGAGGAACCAAAAGAUACCAACGUCAUCAAAGUAACUACACAAAACCCCAAGAAGCCUAUCAAAAAGAAAAAGAAGGGACCUGAACUGUCUCUGUUUGGUACUAUUUGGACCAUGUUGGACCAUAUGACAACAAAGGCAACACGUACUUAUCUGCAUGAACUCCAACACAAUAAGCAGCGUAUUGACAUUGCACCUCUAUUAAAAGAGAAUGAUUUAGUAGACGAAGCAGUCUAUUUACGAGGACAAAUCUUUAGUGAGCGAAUUUUUGACACCACACUGAGAGCACAAUUAGACAUUAAAGAGAACUUGGAAGAUGAUAUUGUGAAUGUCAUCAAGACAUUUCGAUUAUCAGAUGCUUCUAUGGUUGCACUGAAUGCUGCACAAUGUUAUAUGCUUUCUUUAGUGUUGAUCAAAUCAUUAGCAGAUAUUUUAUUAGAAGACGCUUCUUGGAAGCAUGCAUUCGAAAGUUGCUGUCACGCUAUUGAUCAGUCAAUAGAUACUGUAGAUGCCUGUGUUCGUGUAUUAAAAAUAGCCAGCAUUUAAAUAAAAAUCUUAGGCAUGAAUUGUCUUUAAUGUUUGGUAGAAACGAGUGACAGUCGGGUGAGCCAUGACUUUAGAGGGAUCGAAAUUCAAGAUUUGGAGUCUUUCUAAAUUCGUAGCUCGAGAAAGAGCCA